CGAAAUGAAAAAUAUGAAAAUACCUAAACUGAGAAAAAUAUUAUGGUCUACCUAAUCGGAUAAUUCAAUUACAUAUUAACAAACAGAUAUAUCCGAUUAAAUUGUAUAUCCGACAAAGAACAUGAUCCUGGCGACGGGUCGCCAGGGGGAAUAAUAAAUAAUUGCGAGGAAACAGAAUAAGACGUGGCGUUGUAGCAAUCGGACAUGUUGCUUCCGCUCUCAUAAGUAAUAAAGCUCGUUGGUUAUUUUAAAAAAUUGUGGUUUCCUUGGAGCGCGAGUGACUCCGCGAUUGCGUGCGAGCGAGUAAUAGUGUGCGCGUCAAGCGAAGCAUGCCCGGACGUGACAAUAUCAAAUUACAAUAACAAGCCUAAAAAUAUUCUGGCAAGAAAAAAGUACUUAUUGCUUAUAUUAGUACGUAGGCUGCUGGACAAGUUUCUGCAAUCUAGUACUUCCAGUGGCGCCAACGUUCUGCUACUGUCAUAUCCGUAACAUUCAUAUACAUAAUACUUCUAUACUGCUGGUAGCCCUUGAAAACGUUCGCUAACAUUACGGUGCAGACGAUAUUCGUGUCUCACUCUAAAGACACUUCGUGCAUUGUGCACAUGCGUGGAGAUCGAGAGUGGGGUUGCGCAGAACUCAUUUUAUCGUGGUUUAGAGGUUAAUUGCUCACUUAAUAGCACAUUGUCAGAUCAUAUGUACAAUUAUCAUACUUAAAGUUAUGAGUAAAAAAAAUGUCCAAAAGGUGUUAUUUGUAAUUUGGCAACCGUAAGCCGUCGAAGAAUGAACACAUUUCUGUACAUCGGUAAGUGUCAUGAGUCUCAUACUUUACGAGAAGUAAAAUUUUCUAUUGCGACAUACUUUUUUACGUUCCUUUACAGAUUUCCAACAAACCCAACUUUUCGCCAGAAAUGGAAGGAUAUUUGUGGGUUAAGUGACAUAGACGAUGUGUCUCGUAUUUAUAUUUGUUCAGUUCAUUUUUCCCCUGAAAAUACGAAGAUAAUGAUGGUUGCUGGCAAUCCAAGAAUAGUUCUACGGCCUGAAUCAGUUCCUUCAAUUUCUAUUCCUUUCCUUCAAUUUCUGACUCCAUCUAAACCUAAAGAUGUAUUAACAAAUGACAUUAUUGAAGAAAAUGCAACAUCAGGAACUGGUGACUCUUGUGUAUCAUUAAUGGACUGUGCAUCUGUUCAAGACGUAGAAUAUAUGGAUGUAGAACGCAUUGAUGCUUCUGUAUCAGCUCACUUGGAAGUUAAUGAUAAAGACGAUGAGGAGCAUUCCUCGCAACUGAAUGUUGAAAUUGAUCAAGCCAAUCAUGAUUGUUCUCAUGUAAAUUACGUCACUACUCCUAAAAAAAGUGUCGAUUUCAUGAGCCACGUUUUAUCUCAGAAAUUACAUUAUUUCCGAUUUUGCCACACCAAGAAGAACUCAACAAACAGUAAAAUCAAUAAAAAAUAAGAACCAAGAGA